CGUUUAUAGUGACGUUUGAGAUUCUAUCUGCUCCCAAUUCCUUGGAGAGUUUCUUGAGGAUUGAAGAAACAUGAGCGGUAAUCAACUGGAAUUUGAAAACCCAAUAGAGGAUUCGAUUUCGAGGCUCAGGUUCUCCCCCGAGUCAAACAAUCUCCUUGUUUCCUCUUGGGAUUCUUAUCUGAGACUGUACAAUGUGGAGAAAUCUUCGCUGAUUCUAGAAUUGUACUCUGGAGCUGCUCUUCUCGAUUGCUGUUUCGAGAAUGAAUCAACUUCAUAUAGCUCUGGUUCCGAUGGACUCAUACGAAGGUACGGUUUCAAUGCUGGAACAGUUGAUACAAUUGGAAGACAUGAUGACGUUGCAACAUCCGUCGUGUACUCUUAUGAAAAAGGUGAAGUUAUCUCUACUGGUUUGGAUGAGAAGAUCAAAUUCUGGGAUACACGGCAAGGAGAACGUCUUCUAUUUUCGACUGAAGUUGGUGAUGCAGUGAGAUGCAUCACUGUAUCUGGAAACAACUUAGUAGUUUGCGUUGAAGCGUCAAUGCAUAUAUAUGAUUUGCGUAACUUAGACCAACCUUUUCAAUCUUAUGAAUCACAAGUAGAGGUGCCAAUCCGAUGUGUCACCUCUGUACCUUAUUCGAGAGGAUAUGCAGUUGGCUCAGUAGAUGGACAAGUAGCCUUGGAAUUUCCCAAUAUGUCAUGCUCCGGGGAGAUGAAGUACACUUUCAGAUGCCAUCCCAAGUCUAUGAAAGGAAGACUCAAUGGUGCAUGCAUAAACGCCAUUGAAUUCAGUCCAGGUGGGUCAGGGACAUUUGUGACUGGUGACAAUGAAGGCUACGUUAUCUCAUGGAAUGCUAAAAGCAGAAGAAGGCUCUUUGAGUUGCCAAGGUACUCAAAUAGCGUCGCGUCUUUGGCAUUUAACCACGAUGGAGAACUCUUAGCCGUUGCAUCAAGCCACACUUACCAAGAAGCUAAAGAGAAGGAAGAACCUCCUGAAGUGUUCAUACACAGGUUUUGAAGGAAUGGUAGCUUCUUGAAUCUCAGGUUUAAUCAAAGCAUGAAUCAUUUAUUUUCUAGCUAUUUUUGUUUGAUUGUGUGUGUCAGUGUGUGUGUGUGUUUCUUGGUAGCACGUUAAGCAUGGCAAGUUAGAUUCAAUGGUACAUUUAGAAGUUGUGUCAUGGUCAUGGAAGCUUCAACAUGUAAUGAUUGUAUCUCUUAGUUUGUCUUUAUGUCUUUAUAUA